AUGAAAUUCGUUUUAAUAGUGUUUUUAGCAUUUGCUUAUGCUAAAGUAGGAUGUGAUACUGAUAACAAGGAAAGAGUAAAAGAACGAGGGAUGUCUAAAAAGAAAGAAGAUGAAUUAUUAGAAUUACAUAAUGAACAUAGAAAUGAAGUUGCUACAGGAAAGUUAAAAAAUUGGUAAGGUAAAUUUUAGACAGCUUCAAAUAUGAAUUAUGUAAAAUGGGAUCAUCAAUUGGCUAGAUUUGCAUAAGAUUGUGCAGAUAAAUGUCCAGCCAAUUUUAAAAUUGAUUGUUCAUUUCCUCCUCAUUAUGGUUUUGUGACAUAUUAAGGUGAUGUUGAAAAUGGAGGUGCUGAUUGGACUGCUAAAAGAGUUUUCAAAAAAUGGGCUUAACAUGAAGAUCAUGCUAGACAAAUUGAAAUGGCUUAAGUUUAAUUCUUUGGAUGUGGUAGAUCAUAAGUUAGUAGAAAGAAUGGUAUGAGUGAUGAAAUUGUAGUAUGUGUUUACAAUAGAGUAAUAUAUAUAUAUAAUAAUAUCAUAGAAACCAAAUUUACAUGGUGAUGUAUAUAAGGCAGGUGUUGCAGGAUAGGAAUGUUUACAUGGACGAAAAAAGGGAUAUCUAGGAUUAUGCAAACAUAGUGCAACUGAUAUGAGUGUUAUUAAUUUCAAACAUUAAAAGAAACAUGAUGAAUAUAAGUAUUUAAUUUUAUUCAAACAAUUACUUUCUUUAUAUUAUUUUAUAUUUAUUUAAAUAAAUAAUUAUUCUUAAUGUACUUUUUGGAUGACUCUAAAAGUAUGUUUUUUAAUACAAUAUUAGGAAUCUAGGAAUAGGAAUGGGAUUUCUCACUGUUAGUCUUCUGCUCUUUGUAUUAGGCAUUAUGUUUUUCUUAGAUCGUUCACUUAUUAUAAUGGCCAAUUUAUCAUUUUUUAUUGGAUUAUGUUUACUUAUUGGGAUUAAAAGUACUUUGCACUUUUUCCUGAAGAAAGGUAAUUAAUAACAUAAAUUUAAGGCAAAUUAAAGGGAAGUAUUUUCUUUUUUUUAGGAUUUAUUUUUAUUGUCAUAUUAAAAAUUACAAUUAUUGGAUUUCCAUUAUAAAUUUAUGGUCUAUUUUAAAUGUUUAAAUCAUUUUUACCUUUCCUCUAUGAUAGUGCAACCAAAUUCCCAAUAAUAGGCAGAUAUUUAAGUAUAUAUAAUUAAUAUUACAUAGGAAAUCCUUAAUUAAAAAAAAUGGUUGAUGAAGUCUCAGCAAAGGGUCCAUCCGUGUGAAAUAUAUAUAUUAUAAUUUAUUAUUUAAUACAGGUACCAUUAAUUAUCUUAAUAUUUUUAAGUUUCAAGAGUCACAAUUUAUUAAUUAAUUGAAAGUAAAUACAAUAAUGAUUAAUAAAGAAUAUGAUACUAAAAUUAACUAACAUGCUAUAAAGAGUGCUUUAAAAAAGGAACUAUCUAACUAAGAAUAAAGUAAUAUAUUUAACGAUCAAUAAAGUGUUUCGACGAUACGAUAGAAAAGGUAGAGAAAUUACUUUUGGCUCAAAAUAUGAAGUUACAAUUGAUGAACAUGUUUAAUUUUUAUAAGCAAUCCCACCUCUUUCUACUCCAAGAAAUAGAACUAAGUCACCACUUGGAAUACCUUUGAGUGCUAGAUCACCUAGAAACAAGUCUCCUUUAAUGGAAAAUGGUGGAAAUUCCACUCCUAUUGUGAGUUCUCAUAAAAAAUUGGAAUUCACAAAAAAAGAAGAAGAAUCUUUAAAAAUAUUAGAAAUAAAAUAUUAAAAAUAAAAAAUGCUUAGUAAAUAAUAAAAAUAAUGUUGUAUUAUCUGGUGA